CGUGAGGCGUCGGUCACUCAGGUGCGUUUCUCCGUCGGAUCGUCGUCUCUCCGCAGUGAAACAUGGCGUUACCCAGAGUUUACUUUGACAUCACCAUCGGCGGGAAGCCAGCAGGCAGGAUUGUGAUGGAGCUGCGCUCUGAUGUGGUCCCAAAGACUGCAGAAAACUUCAGAGCUUUGUGCACCGGAGAGAAGGGUUUUGGCUACAAGAAGUCUUCGUUUCACCGAAUCAUCCCUGAGUUCAUGUGCCAGGGCGGCGACUUUACCAAGGGCAACGGAACCGGAGGUAAAUCCAUCUAUGGCGAGAAGUUUAAAGAUGAGAACUUCACGCUGAAGCACACAAACAAGUACGUUCUGUCCAUGGCGAACGCCGGCGCCAACACCAACGGCUCCCAGUUCUUCAUCUGCACAGCAGUGACUAAAUGGCUGGACGGGAAGCACGUGGUGUUCGGCAAAGUCGUGGAGGGCACUGAUGUUGUCGAUGCGAUGGAGGCCGUUGGUAGCCAAUCAGGCACUACUUCACAAGUGGUCACCAUUGCGGACUGUGGUCAGCUGUAAGGCAGUAAAGCGCCGUGAGCUCGGCCCGUUCUGUCAGAUUUAAGAAUAUUUUGUACCUCCGAAACCGUCCUCUAAGGACCGCACUAAUGAACCGAAAUCUGAAACGACGCUGAUGGGGUAAAUAAAGCAAAUCCAAAGCUCA